UACUGCGGCGAUAACCGUCGAUAAGAUGUGAGCCAAGAGAAAGAUCCAAAUCUGACGAAACAAAAACAGGGACUGAUCCAGCCGACGUUUUUUUCCUCUCGAUUUAUCUCUGGACCUUCUCCUACUGAUCUCUUACAGUCAGAUCCCGGUAAUCUCAGCUGGUAGCAGAUCGGCCACUGACUGUCAGCCAUUUUCAUGCGAAUGGCUGGGGAUGUUCGGAGGGGCCUUGGCCGGAGCAGAAGCCUGACUCGCGGCCUGGCCCGGGCAGUCCUCCGGGGCCCGGUUCUACAGACGCUCCUUUGUCUAUCUGUUGGAGGGCUUGUUAUUUUACCGAAUGGUGCUGAAGCGAAAGAGUGCGACAAAUCGUGCAUUAAUGGGCAAUGCAAUCCAGCUAAUGGGAACUGUCUUUGCGACCCGGGAUGGGUCGGGGACCAAUGCCAACACUGCGGUGGGCGCUUCAGGCUAACAGGCUCAUCGGGCUUUCUGACUGAUGGGCCAGGAAAUUACAAGUACAAGACCAAGUGUACCUGGCUUAUUGAAGGACAGCCUAAUUCUGUUCUGAGGCUACGCUUUGAACAUUUUGCCACCGAGUGCAGUUGGGAUCACCUCUAUGUGUAUGAUGGAGACUCCAUAUAUUCUCCUCUUCUGGCUGCAUUCAGUGGCCUGAUUGUACCAGAGAGCUAUGGAAAUGAAACAGUUCCUGAGGUUGCGGCUGUGUCAGGUUACACUCUCCUGCACUUUUUCAGUGACGCGGCCUACAACCUUACCGGCUUCAACAUCUCCUACAGGAUAAACAUGUGCCCUAAUAGCUGUUCUGGCCGUGGCGAGUGUCGGCUGGGGAACUCCAGUGAGAUUGUGCAGUGUGUGUGUGAGGAGGGCUGGAAAGGGGAGGCGUGUAACAUCCCUUACUGUACAUCAGACUGUGGCUUCCCCCACCGUGGGCAAUGCCAGCAUGAUGGCAAACGCUGCAGCUGUGAGCCUGGGUGGCAAGGCCCAGAUUGUUCAGUGACGGUACCGGCAAACGUUUCGUUCUGGACGCGAGAGGAGUUUGGAGAGCGUGGCCUGGCGAGAGCCUCGCACAAGGCUGUGGUGCAUGAGGACGUCAUGUGGGUGAUUGGUGGACACGUUUUCAACUACACAAACUACCAGAUGGUGACCGCAUUUAAUCUUUUGACUGAGAGCUGGAUGUCUCUGAACGCUUCAGUCAACACUGUGACCGCACGCUACGGUCACUCGGUAGCCAUUCAUGAGGAUAAGAUCUACAUGUAUGGUGGUAAAAUUGAUUAUUCGGGGAACGUGACGUCAGAGCUUUGGGUGUUCCACAUAAGGAACCAGUCAUGGGUUCUGCUGAAUCCGCGGGCUAAAGAACAGUAUGCUGUGGUUGGACAUUCGGCCCAUGCCGUUCAGCUCCAGCCGGACGGGUCAGAACCUGUUAUGCUUGUCAUCUUCGGACACUGCCCUCUGUAUGGUUACAUCAGCCAGGUCCAGCAGUACAACAUUGAGGAGAACACGUGGAGUGUUGUGGAGACUCAGGGGGCGUUGGUGCAGGGAGGAUAUGGUCACAGUAGUGUGUAUGACUCACACACUCGCUCCAUCUACAUUCAUGGAGGCUACAAAGCAUUCAGCGCCAAUAAGUAUGGCUUGGCUGGGGACCUUUAUCGAUACAACGUCGACAAACGCAUGUGGACGGUUCUGAGGGACAGCGGAUCGUUCCGGUAUCUGCACACGGCGGUUAUCGUGAGCGGAAACAUGCUUGUGUUCGGCGGGAACACGCAUAAUGACACGUCCAUGAGUCACGGAGCAAAAUGCUUCUCGUCUGACUUCAUGUCCUACAACCUGGCUUGUGAUGAGUGGUCAGUGCUGCCCAAACCAGAUCUUCACCAAGACGUCAAUCGUUUUGGUCACUCGGCCGUUUUCAGCGACAGUGUAAUGUACGUGUAUGGGGGAUUUAACAGCCUUUUGCUGAGUGAUAUGUUGAAGUACACCCCUGUCAGCUGUGCCGCCUUCAGCAACCAAGAGCAGUGUGAAACUCUUUCCCCUGGAGUGCGCUGUGUAUGGAACGUCUCCAUGGCAACCUGUUCGCCUUGGGAGACGUCUGGGUCACAGCAGGUCGGCCCUCCCGUGCCCUCCUGUUCAUCCAGAACAUUCAUUGACGGGGAGAAGUGUGAACAGUAUUCAGACUGCUAUAGCUGCACUGCUAACACUAACGGCUGCCAGUGGUGUUCCGAGUGUGUUUCCAGUCACAGCAACUGCACAGCACCUGCGGGGGCGAUAUCUGAUUACGAGGCCUGUCCGAAGGAUAACCCUUCUUACGUGUGCAACAAGAGGACGAGUUGUAAGAGCUGUACCACUGAUCAGAACUGCCAAUGGGAAGCCAGGAACCAGGAGUGCAUUGCUUUGCCUGAAAAUGUUUGUGGCGAGAGUUGGCACCUGGUGGGAAACUCGUGUUUCAAACUGAUCACGGCCAAAGAAUCCUACGACAACGCCAAGCUAGCCUGCCGCAAUCACAACGCUGCGCUAGCCUCUCUCACCACGCAGAAGAAAGUUCAGUUCGUCCUUAAAGAGCUGCAGAAGAGAGCCUCACUGUCCAAAGCGGUUGUAACUCCUUGGGUUGGACUGAGGAAAAUCAACGUGUCAUACUGGUGUUGGGAGGACAUGUCUCCCUUCACUAACUCCACCCUGCAGUGGUUGCCAGGGGAACCGAGCGAUGCUGGCUUCUGUGGUUAUCUUGCUGAGCCAAAUGCUAGCGGACUAAAAGCUGCAACUUGUGUCAACUCUAUCAAUGGGAGCCUCUGUGAGAGACCAGCCAACCACAGUGUGAAGCAGUGCCGAACCCCCUGUGCUCUGAGGUCCACCUGCAGCGAGUGCACCAGCAGUAGUUCAGAGUGCAUGUGGUGCAGUAAUAUGAGGCAGUGUGUGGACUCCAACGCCUACGUGGCCUCUUUCCCCUACGGCCAGUGUAUGGAGUGGUAUACCAUGAACAGCUGCCCACCGGAGAACUGCUCUGGCUAUAGGACGUGUGGACAGUGUUUGGACCAGCCUGGUUGUGGAUGGUGCACUGACCCUAGUAACACAGGGCGGGGACAGUGUAUAGAGGGCUCUUACCAUGGACCAAUCCAGAUUCUCGGACAUGCUCCAUCAUCGGCAGGCCCCUCCCUCAUCCCCGCCCCUCAGCCCAUACUGAAUACAUCCAUGUGUCCUCAGGAGACUAAAUACAACUGGUCGUUCAUCCAGUGUCCAGCAUGUCAGUGCAAUGGACACAGCGCAUGUGUGAACGAAAGCAUUUGUGAACGAUGUGAGGACCUCACUACCGGCAAGCAUUGUGAAAGCUGUGUCUCUGGUUACUAUGGCGAUCCCACCAAUGGGGGCAGCUGCCAACCCUGUAAGUGUAAUGGCCAUGCCAGCAUGUGUAACCCCAGCAAUGGCAAGUGCUUCUGUACAACCAAGGGCAUUAAAGGAGACCGCUGCCAUCUGUGUGAGGUGGAGAAUCGUUACCAGGGAAACCCUUUGAAAGGAACAUGUUAUUACACAUUGCUGAUUGAUUACCAGUUUACCUUCAGUCUGUCCCAGGAGGAUGACCGAUACUACACCGCCAUUAACUUUGUAGCCACGCCUGAGGAGCAAAAUCGUGACUUAGACAUGUUCAUCAAUGCCUCUAAGAACUUCAAUCUCAACAUCACCUGGGCUACCAGUUUCGCUGCUGGGACCCAGGCUGGAGAGGAAAUUCCCAUCGUAUCCUGUAACAACAUAAAGGAGUUCAAAGACAGUUUUUCCAACGAGAAGUUUGACUUUCGUAGCAACCCCAACAUCACCUUCUAUGUCUAUGUCAGCAAUUUUACUUGGCCAAUUAAAAUACAGAUUGCUUUCUCUCAGCACAGUAACUUCAUGGAUCUGGUGCAGUUCUUUGUCACGUUUUUCAGCUGUUUCCUGUCCUUGCUUCUUGUGGCAGCUGUCGUGUGGAAGAUCAAACAGAGCUGCUGGGCGUCACGGCGACGAGAGCAACUCCUGCGAGAGAUGCAGCAGAUGGCCAGCCGGCCGUUUGCCACCAUCAACGUUGCCUUGGAGACGGAGGAGGAGCCCCCCGACCUGAUUGGGGGGAACGUGAAGUCUGUGCCUAAACCCAUAGCGUUGGAGCCGUGUUUUGGGAACAAGGCGGCUGUGCUCUCCAUCUUCGUUCGAUUACCCAGAGGUCCUGGGGGCAUACCUCCUCCUGGUCAAUCAGGUUUGGCAGUGGCAAGCGCGUUGGUUGACGUCUCUCAACAAAUGUGCAUGGGUUAUAAGGAGAAAUCUGGAGGCCUGCGUAGCCGCAAACAGCAGCCUUUACCACAGCCAGCCACUUGUAUCUGACGCUAGACACCCCCUCCCCAUCCCUUAAACACCCCUGCCAAGACUGAGCCAUGGACCAUACAGGCGAUGGGGUUCAAGACACACACAAACACACACACACACACACACGUUCGCACAUCUCCAGAAGAAACAGGGGUAAUAAACUGGAAAAGACACUCUUCAAGUCUAUGGAUUAUACCCAGACACAGGGAGGGAGAGAGAGAAAGAGAGAGAGAGGGGGGGGGGGGGGAGAAGAGAACAUGUGAGAGAUUCAGUUUUCUUCUCUCCUGGAAACCCCUAACCUGACAAAACACUCCACAAAAGACUCUUCUUCCUCGUUCACUUUACGACGUUUAACUUAUUACGACGGCUUUAGUUUUGUUUUUAUCGUAUGGAUGAAUAACCCUCAGCAUCUCCAUAACAACGUACAGCGGACCCUCUGGAAGCAACCCGUGGCUGUACAGCUAUUAUAUAAACACCACACACACACACGCAUGCACGCACACACACUCAAACUCCUCCCUGGUGCAUUGUUUGAGGCAUUUGGUGGACCCCUCUCUUAAACCGUACUGCUUGGAUGGAUUACAGAUGAGCAACUUCACAGGCUUAUAUCGGUUGACUUUUCACAUCACCAAGACUUAACGGUGGUGUGUGUGGGUUUGUUUGCAUGCAUGCGUGUGUGUGUGUGUGUGUGUGUGUGGAACAAAACCUAAUUUAGAACUCAAAACAAGCUCAAAACGAAUUCAGAGCAUGAGAGUUUCGACACCAUCAUGAGAAAGAGUUCAAAGAUGAACAGCCCCGUGUGUUCAUUCCUACACUGUCUCUCACACACACACACACACACACACACACACACACACACACAUACACAAACCGUUCAUCUCUAUUGUUUGUUUGCUUUGGGGGUGUUUUAGCAAAGGUACUCGAGAGAGAGCAUGACUGUUUGUAUGUUUGUAUGUA